GCCUGCACCGCGGCGGGUCGCGCGGCCGCCAUGUUCUUCUGAGGAGACAUAGAAGCCCGGGGGAGGAAAGCCUUUCGACUCGACAUUAUGUGGGAAAAAAAUACCUAAUUUCUACACGCACUCACACGCGUGUAUAUAUAUAUUUAACACAGAUAUAUAUAUCGUUCGGAAACGACGCCCUCACUCUCCUCCCCGACUGCCUGACAACUCGCACCGCCGAAGAACUGCCACUCGAUUGAACUUGGUUAUAGUUCAAGUCAUCAUAAUUAUGGAUCAAGACUACAAACGGCGCCUGCUACGACAAAUUAAUGUUCAGAAUGAAAACACAGUCCCUUGUAUAACUGAAGUUAGGAGAACAUUGACUCCUACAAAUUCACCGGUAUCAUCACCAAGUAAAAGCGGAGAUAGGUUUAUACCUUCAAGAGCUGCUGCAAAUUGGAGUAUAAACUUCCAUAGAAUAAAUGAAAAUGAAAAGUCACCGAGUCAAAAUCGAAAGGCAAAGGAUGCUACUUCUGACAAUGGCAAAGAUGGACUUGCUUAUUCAGCUUUGCUUAAGAAUGAGCUGCUGGGGGCAGGAAUUGAAAAAGUUCAGGACCCUCAGACUGAAGACAGACGCUUACAGCCAUCAACGCCUGAAAAGAAAAGUUUAUUUAAGUAUUCACUCAGCACUAAGCGUGCAAGUCCCGAUGAUGGAAAUGAUAUCUCACCGUACUCAUUAUCUCCAGUUAGUAAUAAAAGUCAAAAAUUAUUGCGAUCACCGAGAAAACCCACUCGAAAAAUAUCAAAGAUUCCAUUUAAAGUUCUCGACGCGCCAGAAUUGCAGGAUGAUUUUUACUUGAAUCUGGUUGACUGGUCUUCCUUAAAUGUAUUGAGUGUUGGACUUGGUACCUGUGUAUACCUCUGGAGCGCUUGUACUAGCCAGGUGACUCGACUGUGUGAUCUAUCUAUAGAUGGAGAUUCUGUUACAUCGGUCGGCUGGUCAGAAAGGGGAAAUUUAGUAGCUGUUGGAACACACAAAGGGUAUGUUCAGAUCUGGGAUGCAGCUGCAGGGAAGAAACUGUCUACACUCGAGGGUCACUCAGCAAGAGUGGGUGCUCUUGCAUGGAACGCUGAUCAGUUAUCGUCAGGAAGUCGAGACCGACUUAUUCUCCAGCGAGAUAUCCGAACCCCACCACUACAAUCUGAGCGGCGACUUCAAGGUCACAGGCAAGAGGUCUGUGGCUUGAAAUGGUCCACAGACCAUCAGCUUCUCGCUUCUGGUGGAAAUGACAACAAGCUUCUGGUGUGGAACAACUCUAGUUCAGGUCCAGUGCAACAGUACACAGAACACCUCGCAGCUGUGAAAGCCAUUGCCUGGUCUCCCCAUCAACAUGGGCUUCUUGCGUCGGGAGGUGGAACUGCUGACCGCUGCAUCCGUUUCUGGAACACUCUCACCUCUCAGCCAUUACAGUGUAUAGAUACAGGUUCACAAGUGUGUAACCUUGCCUGGUCCAAACAUGCAAACGAGCUGGUGAGCACUCAUGGAUAUUCACAAAAUCAGAUCCUGGUGUGGAAAUAUCCAUCACUAACACAAGUAGCCAAAUUGACUGGACAUUCCUAUAGAGUUUUAUACUUGGCCAUGUCACCAGAUGGAGAAGCUAUAGUGACUGGAGCUGGCGAUGAAACACUUCGAUUCUGGAAUGUGUUUAGUAAAACCCGUUCAACUAAGGAAUCCAUAUCUGUGCUGAAUCUCUUCACAAGGAUUCGAUAACAUCUGCAAGGAAAAUGGAACCUAAUUCUUGUGUUAAACGAAGACCGUGCCACCAAUGCCAUAAACGUGCAAGGAACUGUUUCAUUUUUUAGCACUGUUAUUGCUUAAUUUGGAUAAAUCUGCAAAAGAGAAUUUGAAGGCAUUUGCUGCUCAUUCCAAACAGCUCACAUUUUUGAAAAGUUCAUUUUGAAUUAUGUUUGUUUACAAAGAACUGUUUUGAAGAAAAAAAAACUGCCAAAGGUUUUGAAUUAAGAUAAGAGAAGUGUGGAUCCAAUUUUCUUGUACACUUUAUACAACCAGCCAGCUAGACCUUACUGUCAACUAAAAUGGAGUGCUGGAGAGGAAUCCAAUGCACAAAUUUGUCUUUAAUAUUGCUUGUAAAUAUUGAAUCUGUUGGUUUUGGGGAAAUGUACAUUGAAUAUAAAGUACUGUAGAAAUGCAACCAGAUAAUGGAUAAAGCAAGCUAACCAGAUUACUGACAUAAGAAGCAGGCAUAAUGUUUAAAAAAAACUUGAAACUCUCCUGUGUGCCAUUAUAUAAAAUAUAUAUUUUGCAAUUGUAUUACAAUGGGUUUUCAAAAUAUUAAGCAGGAAGAUUUCUAUUUGUUAACACAAGUAUUUUGUUACUGAAAUGUUGGGCUCUUGGAGGUUGACAUCAUGUUAUAGAACACCACAAAGCUUAUAUUAAUUGGAGUUAUGAUUUGGCUAAUGUUCAAAUAUCCCUAAAUGUAACCGCUCAAUGAAACAUAAAUCUUUUUUUAAAAAGAUUGGAAAGAUUAAAAGGUCUUGCUGCUUAUAAUGUUGAAAAAUGUUUUUGUCAAAAAAAGCACUUGAUUUUUUUAAAACCUUUUCACCUGCCACCAUUACCAAAUAAUGUUACUUUAUACAUUUCACCUGAUGCUGUAUUUUAUACCACUGUGUCUUUUCAUUCAGCUGUAAACCUGCUUUUUGUGUGGUAUGUUCUGUCAUGUAUGAGUGAAUGUGUUUCAAAUUUGUGAGUGAACCUUGUGCUUGCAGGCAUACUGAGAGCCAAGAAAGUGACAUUUCUGCUGAAAAUGUACAGUGGUGUUCUGACUGUUUUGAACGUUCAUAUCUAUGUCUAGUAUUGUAUGACAAGGCUAGCAUUCUGUUAUUCAACACAAUUCCAAAGUAGCAUAAUCACAAAUUUAUAAAAGGACUGCUAUAAUUAAAACUGGAAAGACUUCUAACAAA